AUGGCAAAAGGUAAAAAAGACGAUUUGAAAACAGUAACUGCUGAACCAUUGGAUUCAAUUGAUGAUUCCAAGUUGGAGAGGAAAGAGACUCCGGUUUCAGGCGAUAACGAAACUACUGAAACUACUGAAACCACUGACACUGCGAAGGAAUCAACAACAAGCGAAAGGGUAUCUGAAAUUAACUCGAAGCUGUCCAAAGAUAAUUCGGAGAAGGAAGCUCCUAUUGAAGAAGUGCCACUUGAUGAUGACAAAAGUGGCACCGCUGUGAAAGAUAGCAAAUCCAAGGAUAAGGACGAUGAUGCAGCAGCAACGACAAUCAAAGCUUCAUCCACCAAGUCUCAACUGCAAUCGCAAUCUACCGAAUCUGGCGAUUCUGUACCCCCACCACCCCCACCGAAAAGACCCAAAGACCCAGUCGAACAAAUUGUCCAAGAUUUAAAAGAUGCAUUCCCACAGAGUGACGACAAGAUAAUCACCGCAGUCUUGAUUGCAUCUCAAGGAAACCCCGAGCCGGCAUUUGGCGCACUACUCUACUUGUCUGAUCCCACAUUCAAGCCUGACAUUCCCGUUUAUCCCCAACACCAACCCACUGCCAACCCGCGUGCUGCUUUUGGCAGUGGAAUAGUGAGAAGUAGGGCUCCUAGUGAUACGUCACAUACAUUUACUGAUGAUGAGAUAUUGGCUCGUAAGUUGCAGAAGGAGUUUGAGUUGGAGGAUGAGAGACAGAGACGCAGGCGCGAAGAGAAGGCGAGGCAGAGGCAGUUUCAUGGAGAGAGGGGUAGUCGAGGAGCCGGUGGUAGUGCUGGCUCGCGUUCAAGUCGUGAGCGUGUUCGUCCUCGUCGUAGUGGAGAUGGUGAUGAAGAUGAUUUCGAUCAGUCUCCUGACGAGUUUGAAACUAUAAAGGAGACAUUCACACAAGGUUUGGAAGAGGCUAGAACCACAAUCAAUGGAUGGGUCUCUGGAUUAGCCAAGAAGUUCGAUAAUGCCAGUGCAAACAAGGGAGGUGCAAGAUAUGACCGAGCAAAUGACGAUGAUUAUGACUACGAUUAUGCCCAUGAUGAUCGUAGAUAUGAAUCACGCGGUGGUGCAGCUGCUGGUGCUGGUGCUGGCCGUCAACAAUUUGGCAGUAAAUCACAUCGUGAUGGAGGCAACAAUUUUGGUAAUUUGGGCGGUGGCCGAUACUAUGAUGACUGGAGACAUAAAAACAAUCGUACUCGAUUCGAUGAGGAUCCUCAGAUUAUUACUGGCGAUUUCCAGGAUCAAAUCACCAUCACUGAUCGUGAUGAUGGCUCCAAGGGGGAAGUCGAAGGCGGCAACAAGAACAAGAGUAAUAGUAGCAGGAGUCGAGGUGGUGCAGGUGGAGUUCUGAAGGAUGGAAAAGAUGCUAAAAGUGAAGAUGAUCCAGAGACGACACCUACUUUGCCUCGUCGUCCAAGAAUGUCGAGCGAUGUUGCUGAUGAUUCAAGAAAGGAGCAUGUUUCCGGCGCAGCAUCUAAUGAGAAAAAGACCAUUGGUGGUGCAAGAGCUGGUGCAGCAACAACUGCUGCUACUACCGACAAUGCGUUUCUGGUUGAUGAUAGUGAUGACGAUGAUGAGGGUAGCAAUUUAGUAAAGAGCAAGUGA